AUGAACAUGCUGCGCCCUCAAUACGACUUUACUUCUGGUGCUCAGGACAACUCAUCUGGACGUACGCAGCGAACAAAAUCAGCAUCCCAUAAAGUUGAUUAUAUGCGUCAGAUUGAAAAUGAACGUCGUGCUGAGAAGGCAAGGCAAGAAGCCAGAAAGAAAGCCAGGAAGCCUCGCAAGCCCAAAGUCUCAAAGACAACUAGCGCAAGCUCAUGCUCCUUACAAGCAACCUUAGGCACACGAGGAACAUGUUUCUCUUCAUUGUCACAACAACCGUCUUUUGUUCAAGUCGCUCAAAACAUACCAGUACCAUCAGCAAUGGAUGGCAACAGUCACCGCACAUUUGACGCCCAGACAUCCACUUUAUCUUCUAGUGUUCAGAGGGAACCCCUCGAGAAUGCCAGGUCAUCCGCAAAUUCGAAUACUGAGUUCCACGGCUCCCACUGGAGUACCUUGACUACAGGGGUGUCAACACCAGUGUCGAAUACUUUGACUCAUACGUGUCUAUCAGACACAACCUUGGCGUGGCCCUAUCAGCAUGACGAACAGCUGAUGGCAGCGCUCGCAGACUUACCACCAGGCUCGAUAUCUCAGGAGGAAGCAAGCCAGAUGGGACUGGAAGAAUUCGUGGAAAUUCUGCGAGACUAUAAUGACCAAGCAGGCGAAGAACAUGAAGCCUAUUCACCUUGCAGUGGGAGUCUGGAUAGCCGAUUGGUACAAUUUACCCCAACGGAGCAUAUGCCUCCAACCACUUCUAUCCAGCCAAACACGAGUUUGAGGACUUGCUUUGAGUUUCCGGCGACUCCCGCUGUUCAGCCAACUCUCCCUACAAGAUUUGCCCCCUCUCGGACAUCAUCACCUGUAGCGACAUCAGCCAACAAUGUUCCUCUGAUUGAGACUAGUGACUCUGGCUCAAACUUAGGCUCCAACUCUGAUGACAGCGAUACAGAUCAAGACUCCAACUUGAAAGCAAAUCAGAAACGAGCUCGACGUGGAUUUAACGGCAUUCAGCAGUCAGGUUUAAGAAAGCAACUAUGUUUUCUUGCAAUCAGAUUGUUCUGUGCUCAUUUGGCUGCCGAGAACCUGUUUCCCGAUCAAGCAGUAACGGAAAUGGGCGAUCUACGUGAUUCUCUGGCGAUCAAAAGUUGGACCGAGGCCAUAGCUUUAAUGAAGGAGAGGGUUAAGAUAGACUGCAGUUACAUGGGUGGGCUGACGACAAGAGGUGUUCAAUCCAAAAAUUUUACAUAUGAGGUUCCUACAUAG